AUGAACGCAACUGCACCAACUGAUUCGCUGGCGCCGGUGCCAGACCUGUUGCGGGGAAGCACGGCGGACCCCAUGUCAGACUGGAUCACGAUAGGCUUUCCAAAGCACGCUCAAGAGACUGGCCAGUGGUUCUUUGAAGUGCACUUGCGGGAGGAGUGUGCAGCACCACAAGUUGGCCUUCUUUCCACCAGCUUCCAAUCCCGUCCUGGCAGCAAAACCGGUCAAGGCGUCGGCGACGAUGCACACGGCUGGGCUGCCGAUGGCUUAAGUGCUUCAAGAUGGCACGGAGGUCGUAAUCGCUCCUGGAGUCAAGUUUGGCAAGCUAAAGGCGGACAAGGGAACCGUGUGCUGAGCGCCGGCGUCACGGUGGGCGUGGCUGUUGACCUUGAUGCACGGAAGAUUUUCUUCGCCACAGACGGGCAAUGGGAUGAAGUUCCAGCCUUCAGUGAAGAGGACAUCCCACUGGGCUUGGCUUUGUACCCUGCAGUGUCUCUCAAGGGCAGGGCAUCAUUUUGCUUUGGUCCAGAGUGCAGCUUCGGUCCUCUAUCCAGUCGCUUCUCCCAUUGGCCUGGCCUUUUAGGGCAAUCUCGCAUUGACAUGCCUCGCAUUGGUGAUGAAGAGAUUCUGAGCCUGUACAAGGCGCAGUUGGAGAAUAGCUUUGUGGAGAACGGAAGCAGCGGAUUUCUGUGCAUGGUAGAAUCUUAA